AUGACAGCCGAGGGAGGGGUUGUGAGGUGUUCAAGAUGGCGGCGCCCUGUGGAGUGCAGUUGGUUUAACAGUGGUGCCUGGAGACCGUUUUGAGGGGCACCCCAGGGACCCCUCCAGGCUGGACAGGACACGGAUCACUGUGAGAGUGACGUCUGAGAGCCCUUCCCCUCUCCCUUGUCUGUUUCAGAGACACCUGCCUCUGAACCAUCCUGAGCUGUCUGUACCAUCAUGUCAAGGGAACAGCUGAACGUGGGGGACCUGCUCCCACUACUGGAGACCUCUGACCUCCGCCAGUUGGAUGAGAUCAAGGGCCUUAUCAAUGAACAUCUCAACACAGAUCGGGGGUCCAUGCUGCUGAAUGGUUUGGUGGAUUAUUUUCUGGAGACCAACUCCGCCCAGGCCGUGCACAUCCUGUCCUCAGUGAGGGAGCCACACGAUAAGCACCUUUUUGAUAAAAUGAAUGAAUGCAUGGCUAAAGCCCCCUGUCGCCUGCCCACUCUCACUCUACUGGGGCACGUUGUCCGUAAGCAGCCGUCUUGGAUCCACAAGAUUGUUCGCUAUCCGCUGUUGCUAUCUCUCCUCAAAUGCCUCAAGACAGACACAGAUGUCGUGGUUUUGAUAACUGGAGUCCUGGUGCUCAUCACUCUGUUACCCAUUAUCCCUCAAGCUGGCAAGCAGCAUCUCUAUGAGUUCUUUGACAUCUUUGGUCGUCUGGCUUCCUGGAACCUGAGAAACCUGGGUCACGUACCAGAGGUUUAUCUCAUCCACCUCCAUGCCAGCGUCUAUUCACUGUUCCAUCGGCUCUAUGGGAUGUACCCCUGCAACUUUGUGUCCUACCUGCGCUCCCACUACAGCAUGAAGGAGAACAUGGACACCUUCGAGGAGGUUGUCAAGCCGAUGCUUGAGCAUGUCAGAAUACACCCAGAGUUAGUGACUGGAACAAAGGACCAUGAGCUUGAUCCCAGCAGGUGGAAGAGAUUUGAGAUCCACGACAUUGUUAUUGAGUGUGCCAAAGUCUCUCUGGACCCGAAAGAGGCAUCCUGUGAAGAGGGCUAUGCCACCAUGCCUGAGCAUUUUUGUGCCCAUCUACAGCAACAUCCGGCUGAUUGCACUGCCAGCCCUUACGGGGACUUCCACAGCAGCUAUGGAAGUUCUUCCUCAACUCAUUUCUCCACCUCUCGUCAGCCUGUCGUCCCUCCCUUGGCCCUGCCCUCUUUCUCAGGGACUCAACCCCCCUACCGCAGCCCCAUUGGAACCCGUCAGAAUUCCAGCUGUGAAUUUAAUGCCACAUAUGGUGUUAAGGAUUCUCUCUGGAGCCCGUCCUCCCAGUGUGGCAUGGUCACGCCCCCUUCCUCGCAUGGGAUGUCACCGAACCCGGAACUGUCCCAGAGUGCCUCGCACCUACCCAGUCGCCUCUACAGCACACCUGCUGGCGGUAAGGGUACCCCGUCCUCCAGCACCCCUGCGGCCUCCUCACCUCCUCCCAGCCUCUCAGAUGAGCUUCCCCCUGUGUCCCUGCCACGCAGGACCUCCAGCCCGCCAUGCAAGGAUGGUAGACCUUUGGACCACACCAAACCUGCCUUGGUCAGGCAGGAGUCAAUCAGAGAACUUGAGAAAAUUAGGCCUGAAACAAUUAGUCACAGAGAUGGCAGAAGUGACAACAUGCCCAUGACGUUGACUGAGCUCUCUGCCUUCAUGAAGGAACAAGAGCAAAUGAGAAUCGAGAAGGAGCGGGAGGACGCUGCCAUUACAGAGGAGCUUUUAAAGCUGACUGAGGACAAACAGGAUUUAGUUGGUCUUCGUGGCUUUCACUCGCCAUUCUUCAGCACCACAGAGACCCUGACUGGAGCCCAGGAGAAUCUCUUGCCCUCUUCUGCCCUCAUUGGCUCGAUGAGAGAUCCUCGCAAUGCCAUCUCCACGCCUGGCAAGGCUGACACCACACCCGGGGACAGAGGCAAAGUCAGCAGAGGCACGUCCCAGGAGCAUCCCUGGACCUUUCAACCAGUGUUUACGCCCAUUGAGCACUCAACACACAGCCACCCCCAUCGAAGCCCCUCUGCACCCGAUGACGAGGCCCAAAAAUACGGCUUGUGGUCCCCUAGCCCGUGCAAACCACCACCCCUGCCGUAUGAGGCUCUCUUUGACAUGGCCCUGCCCCGAGCGGCCUCCCUGUUUAUUGGAAGGAAGACCUCAGAAAUUGUGAGGUUUCAGAGAGGUGACGUGGGCAAGCAAGUGGAGGGAGACGGUGUAGAGGGGGUCGUGUCUGCCUCCCCAUUGGAGGUGCUGGAUCGCCUCGUGCAGCAGGGCAGCGAUGCCCAUGAUAAAGUGCUGAAGAGAUUACCCCUGCCAAGCAAGUCAGCUGACUGGACACACUUUGGAGGUUCUGCUCCCUUGGAUGAGCUGCACACACUGCGUAGUCAACUGCUGCUGCUGCACAACCAGCUCCUGUACGAGCGCUAUAAGCGAGAGCAGCACGCUGUCCGUAACCGUCGUCUGCUUCGCCGCAUAAUCAGCGCCACCGCACUCGAUGAGCAGAAUAAUGCUAUGAAAGCCCAGCUGAACCUGCAGAAUGUGGAUGUCAUGUCUCUGAGAGAGAGCCUGCAGGUGGAGCAGCAGAGAUAUAGGCAGCUCUGGGAUGACAGAGAGACUGUAGUUACACACCUGCAUAGCCAGAUACGCCAACUACAGCAGGCCAGAGAUGACUACUACACCAAAAAUCAGGAGUUACAGAGUAAGCUACAAGAAUACCAGAAGCAAAUAGGCGAGAUGGAGGCAGAGCUUCAGAGGGCGAACAACAAGGUGUGCCACACAGGACAUCUGCUGAACCAGCUCAAUUCCAAAUUAUCCUCAAGUGAAAGUAUUCAGCAGCAGUUAAGUUUUCUGAAUAAACAGCUGUUGCUCUUGGGAGAAGCUCAUAAACUGUGUGUUCAAGAGCUGCAGCAGACCGGACCAGACACUAGCAAGGAGGUGCAGAUGCUGCAAACAUCUUGGGGGAAGGAGACGGAACGUCUGAAGCAGUGUUUGUUAUUCCAGAACCAAAAGUUGGAUGCCGCUCAGCAGAGAGUGGCAGAGUUGGAGUCACAACUCUCCAAGAAAGAGCACCUGAUCGUUGAACAAAAGAGGUUCCUAGAAGAUGUCAAGGCCCAAGCCAACCUCAGCAUUGUCUCACUAUCUCACUCUAUGUCUCUCAGAGGGGAGCUGCAGGCCUCUGAGAGCAGGUAUCAGGCCCAGCGGCGUAUAACUCUUGCACUGCAGACUGAGUUGUUGCAACUGUACAGCAGACUGGAAACUGAAGACUCCUCUGCCACUGCUUCAGCCACACCAGCAGAGGGCGCCACUGAUCCCAGCAGUUCUGCAGAGUCUAGUGUCAUCGUGGUGGACAGGCCAAUGAAAACAUCCACCAAAGAGGACGACAAGUCAACUCUGUCUCCACGCGGCAACGGCUGCACUUUAUCAACAGGGCGCCCGAAGACCAGCCUGUCCUUGUCCACCUCUGUAAACGGCAAUCGAAACACCCCCCCACCUGUCCUAGUGGAACCGCCCCCACUCCGUCCUCAUUCCCCACUGGGGCCCCCAGGGCCCCUGGUACCCACUGACACCCCCCUCACUGUAGGCUCUUACCCCAGCGCCAAGAGCUUUCUUGGCAUGCGAGCGCGAGAGCUGUUCCGCAACAAAAGUGAGAGCCAGUGCGAUGAGGACGAAGACCCUCCUCCACGUCUCACUGGCCUAUCACAGGGCCUGAAGACUGAGCUCUGUGUGGAGCCGACAGCGAAGAGUACGCCCAGUGCUCCCAGCUCAACCUCUGCGCAGAGAUUCACGCUCAUCACAACUGCUAAAGAAGCUCAGCCUGAUGCUCAGAGAGCCAAUUACCGAGAUACAUUCGGCUCAAGAUGCCCAGAGCGACCCAGACAGCAACCGUUAAGAAUCAUAGACUAUAAUGAAGGUCACCAGGAGCACAGCUAAAGUUAUGGAAAACAUUGAAAGAGAGACAUGAGAGAAAGUAGAGGAAGUCUAAAUCAGACGUGGUGUGUGGGGAGAUGCGACAAUUUAGAUACUAGAGUGUAAGGCAAGACUCUUUUAAUUCUCAGUGUUAUCUGUCUUAUUUCCACAAUCAGACAACAGGAUUUGGAGCCAAUAAAUCAGCAAAACUGGAAAAGUGGAAAGCAUGGACUAAAAUCAUUCAUAAAACUAUUUUGAAGUAAAUUAUCACAUUCAAUCUGAUAGAACAAUUGACGUGGGAUUCAUGAAUAUUUUGCACUAUUUUGUUCUGCUCGUGUUUCGUGAAUGAGGCCCUAUGACUUUUAGCGAGCCCACUUUAUUUGCCACCAUAAAUGACACUGCUACAUCUUUUAUUGUUGUUUUGCUAAUUUAUCAGCACCCUUUAAAAGAACCAAGUUACUGUUGCAGCACAUGGAAGCUUUGAGUUUAUUCUAUUAGAAGCAAUAUUAUUAAUUAUGUUGUAGUGAACAUACAGGGCUUACACCUUCCCAACUCUGAAUGUUUGCUUGGAAACCAGUUGGUGGAUCUCUCUUUUUGUGCCAUGCAGGAGUCAGUGUUUCUUUUUAUAAACAAUCACAUCAGGUUUUACCAUGAGACAUGCCAAGUCAAGUGCAUUUUCAUGUGCUGAAAUCAUGUGUUUAUUUACAGUGUUAUUGUGUGUGUGUAUGUAUGAUGUCUGUUUGUGUGUAUGAUGUAUAUGAGAGCCCACCAGUGGUAUGAAAAUGAUGGCUUGUAUCCCAGACUCAGGCUAAGACUAAUUCUGGGUUAAAUUGCAGUUCUUAUUCAUCAUGGAAAAACCCUUGUAGUCAUGGACUAGACUUAAACUGGGUCUGGGAAGUGGACUCUAAAUGUUACAGCUACUGUAAGAGGAUGGUCCGACGUGUUUUGAGGAGCUGUUUAUAUGAAUAGAAUUUUUUUAAUUAUUUAUUUUUUUGCCCUCUUGCUUUUAUACGACAAACAGCAUUUUAAGUUGAUUUUGGGGAGAGUAUUACCAGCCACUCACCAAGUUUUUUUUUCCAAUUCCUGGCAUUUUUUUAAACUUUAACAUUGUAAUUAAAAUGCCAGGACUUUUUUCCAAGUCCUGGCAUUUUUUAAAACUUUGACAUUGUAGUUAAAAGGAUCCCCCCCCCCAAACAAUGGCCAUAAAAGUGGUCUUAUCAUAGGCCAUAACCAUGGCUGGGUCUAAAAGGGGGCUGGGAGGGCUUUGCCCCCCUAGAUUUUCCUUGUGCAAACCCCCUCCUCCCCACCCCCAGUCGGACGGCAAAACGACCAAGCGGGACCCUAUUGCCCACCCUAAAGGUCAAAAUGCCCCCACAUAGAUCACAACCUAGUACUACCCCUGGCCACAACUACAGUCAAACUUCGUUUUCCCACAUGCCGAUCCAUCUAGCCGCCAAUCGAGUGCUCAGCUUUUCAAAGCGUACUCUUUUGACAGCAAGACCUUACUGAUGCAUUUGACACAUGCUUGUCAGACACUACAACUGCCUUGUGAUACUCUUUAGCACAGUUAUUGACGGGUGCAUUUACAGAUGCAGACUGUUCGCAUUAAUGAAAAACAGCACUGCACACGGACAGUACGCGCGUGCUUAGUUGAUGAUGAAAUUUGCGCCACGCACUCUGUGCACAAGACAUAGCAGUACGCAGAAAACCGAAGUACACUUUGGCCGUAAGAAUUUUAUCUUUCUAUAAUCCCUUUGGAGAUAUUGUAAUUAAAAUCUACAUGUUGGCCAUCAUCAAACCUUAUCCUAACAGUCACUUUUCAAAUAACAGUCAAACAUGAGUCAGUUCUGUUUGACAAUACCAAUCUUCAGUCUCGAGGUCAAUAUCAUAAUUCAUACUCCCUUACAGCUCUGCAGUACGGGAUAACUAAUAAUGUGAAUAGAAAUACAUGCUUUUCGUGAGUUCCACCAAAACUGUAUUCAUGAACUGGAUAACAAACUUUUCUUAACCUUGUUUGUAUUCGUUCUGCCACGUCCUGGCACAGGUGUGGUUUUUGAUGACUUACCAGCUUUGGUAACCUGUCUUUAACCCUCUCACUUCAAUGCACUGCAUUUGUUUUGAAUAUUAUUACUAAUUUUGCGCUUUGAGUGCCAAAUACUCAAUAAGACAAUGACAAUAUUCUCUAUAUGUUUAUAUGUUCUGGUUUUGUUGUAUUACUCAAGCCUAUCUAUUCUUAUAUUUAUUUCCAUAUCAGUUAGAGGGGUAAAUACGAGACAAAUGUUCUUUAUUGGUUGGCUUGUUUUAUCAGGAAGGUCUAAGCUGAAAGUGGGUGGACCGUAGUGAUGAGAACUGUAUAACACCAAGUAGACAGUGUAAAAUGACACCGAAUCUCCACAAGAUAGCCAAGAUGACAGUCAAAGAUGUCAUUUAUGAAUUGUAACCAAAUCCUGUUGUCCCCUUGAAGUCUCUGCUGUUCCUUCUACCUUGCUAUCUAAGAGCAUGUACACAACAAUCCUCUUUUAAUGCUAACAACAGGAACUAUGACUUAACAAGACACAAGGUACAAUCAGUUUGAAAUUAAAGGAACGUAUGAAUCUGAGCUCCAUCUCUGGAGAUGAAAGUUUGGGGGAGGGAAGGCAGGGUUGUUUGGAAAAGGUUCUUAAAGCAGUUGCUUGUGUUAACUGUGAAUGACAAAAAUAAAACCGUCUUCAAUGUUUUGCACUACA